AUGGAUGUCAGAAUAAACGUCCUCAGCCCCGACAUAUUCAUCCAGGCCAGUCUACGAGUGGCUCCGGGAACCGUUGGUGAACCACCCCACCUACGGCUACAAUCUGGGGCCAGGUCUCUCGAACCCAAGUCAAUUCUCGACGCGCUCAACGCCGCAGGAGCCUGUCUAGGGCACGAGUUAUUGUGGUCGGAAGAUAUCUUCUCUCCCCAAAUUGGCUGCAAGUUUGGCCUCUACCCUCUCGCGCGCGACUCAUUCUUUGGACUCAACUAUCCUGAAUUGCGUGCAGUAGACGUGUCCUUCGCGUGGUUCUCAAAGGAAAGCGACCCGUUCGAUGUAGCAGAGGAAACUUCCCCGACUUGGGACGCCAAGACGCCACACCCCGUCCUCGAUGAAAUACUAGCCCACGCAGCGAGAGUAGCGCGUCUCCAGCAACGUCUGUGGUAUUUUUUCGUGCUCUUCUUCGGCGACAAGGCUCGCUUGAUUCGCGUGGACCACGUUGGGAUCGUAACCACCACCGCCUUCCCUUACGCAACGAGCCAAGGACCUCUAACGACCUUCCUCUGGCACUUCGCGCACGCUUCCCCGGUACACCGAGGACACGACCCUUCUGUACAGCGCGUCAUACCAACGUCUGAGGCCGGCCAGAAGAUGCUCAGCCGUGCUGCCCUGGAAUCUGCACGGAACCCCGGCAAUCACGUCUCCCAAGCCUUCAUCGAAUCGCUCGAUGACGCCUGUCCAUGGUGGCGAAUCGAGGUGCAUGAUGCGCGGGCAGGGCGUGUAUACCCUUUCGUUGUCGGGAAGCCGGUAUACGAUGAGUCUGGUAUGGUCGGCAGUGGCAAGCACGGGUACAUUGCACUCGACCUUGCGAACCUCGACGGACCCUUCGUCUAUCUGGAAGACACCUGGCGCAUGGCCGGCAUUGGCGAUGAACAGGAGGGAAACGUGCUGAGGGUGCUCAAUGCCAACAGCAUUCCGUUCGUACGGACCGUGCUCUGUCAUGGCGACCUCCCGGGCCAGGUCACAAUGGCCCCCAACCUCGUACCAAGGUACGGUGGUCAACAUCCUAUGCCUCCGAUUUUCAGACGCCACUACCGCGUGGUCGUCGGAGAGGUAUGCAAGCCCGUCGAGGAAUUCAGCAAUGGCAAGGAACUCAUCAAGGGUGUGUGGUGCUGCCUCAAAGCGCACGAGGGUGCGUGGCUCGCAGGCAUUGUCCACCCCAACGUUCAUCCGGCCAACAUAUCCCUGUACGAGUCCCCUGGCGGAGAAUGGGUCGGUAUGCUCGGCGGAUGGACGUCCGCUGGUGACGAGUAUAGAACUCCAGAGCACAAGGAGACUUGGAUGUUCGCCUCAAAGCGCCUCCUUGACAAUCCGACAAGGACCACUGCCAUCUCUGACGCUCUCGAGUCCUUUUUCAACGUCCUAUUGCACGUCGCCAUCCGCUUUCUACCAAACAACAUUGCCUGCGUCAGCUCCUUCAUUCAUGCAUACUUCGAAGCCUACUCCCGUAACGCCCAGGACCUCCCUCGCGCAGGGCUCCUCAAGUCUCAAGCGAUGACACGGGGAAUUCUGAAUCUCGCGUCCCCAGACAGCAUGGAACGUAAUACUCUUCACUUUGUUACAUCCUCUCAAGACAGACACCCGAUCAACGACGUCUUCGACGAGCUCCUGUCCUGGAUCCGCACCUCUUAUACCCCCGGAUAUUUGCUUGAUUCUCGAGAUGCCCUUCGGAAGUUCCACAAUUUGGAAAGCCACACUGCGAUGGGAAAUCUCCUGUUGACUCAUAUAGGUCGCCAGGACUGGCCUUCCCAGGACAGGUGCUUGGGGAACCCGGAGAGGGCCGUCGUUUCGCAUGCAUGA